GUUUCUGCCAGUACCCGGCGCCUACCGGUAGUUCUACGCAUGUCUCCUGCCCACAGUUCGACUUCACAGAUCUUUAUACGCGUGCGCCAGCGCUGAACUUGAGGAGCCAGUCUAGGGCCUAGGCGCAGACGCACUGAGCCUAAGCAGCCGGUGAUGGCGGCAUCGGCGGCUGUGGCUGCGGCCGGUCCGGGCCCAUGAGGCGACGACGGAAGCGGGACGGCUUUUACCAAGCGCCUGACUUCCGAGACAGGGAAGCUGAGGACAUGGCUGGAGUGUUUGACAUAGACCUGGACCAGCCAGAGGACGCGGGCUCAGAGGAUGAGCUGGAGGAAGGGAUGCCCACAACAGCCAGGACUGGGCCGGGCCCAAACCAGGAGCCAGGAGCAACAUCUGGGUCUCUUGUGUGGGUGACAGGACCCCAAGUAUGUGGACCAUCAUCUGCUGCUUCCCAGGGUCAGUUAAAUGAAAGCAUGGACCAUGGGGGAGUUGGACCAUAUGAACUUGGCAUGGAACAUUGUGAGAAAUUUGAAAUCUCAGAAACUAGUGUGAACAGAGGGCCAGAAAAAAUCAGACCAGAGUGUUUUGAGCUACUUCGGGUACUUGGUAAAGGGGGCUAUGGAAAGGUUUUUCAAGUACGGAAAGUAACAGGAGCAAAUACUGGGAAAAUAUUUGCUAUGAAGGUGCUUAAAAAGGCAAUGAUAGUAAGAAAUGCUAAGGAUACAGCUCAUACAAAAGCAGAACGGAAUAUUCUGGAGGAAGUAAAGCAUCCCUUCAUUGUGGAUUUAAUUUAUGCCUUUCAGACCGGUGGAAAACUCUACCUCAUCCUUGAGUAUCUCAGUGGAGGAGAACUAUUUAUGCAGUUAGAAAGAGAGGGAAUAUUUAUGGAAGAUACAGCCUGCUUUUACUUGGCAGAAAUUUCCAUGGCUUUGGGGCAUUUACAUCAAAAGGGAAUCAUCUACAGAGACCUGAAGCCGGAGAAUAUCAUGCUUAAUCACCAAGGUCAUGUGAAACUAACAGACUUUGGACUAUGCAAAGAAUCCAUUCAUGAUGGAACAGUCACACACACAUUUUGCGGAACAAUAGAAUACAUGGCCCCCGAAAUCUUGAUGAGAAGUGGCCACAAUCGUGCAGUGGAUUGGUGGAGUUUGGGAGCAUUAAUGUAUGACAUGCUGACUGGAGCACCCCCUUUCACUGGGGAAAAUAGAAAGAAAACAAUUGAUAAAAUCCUCAAAUGUAAACUUAAUUUGCCUCCCUACCUCACACAAGAAGCCAGAGAUCUGCUUAAAAAGCUGCUGAAAAGAAAUGCUGCUUCACGUCUUGGAGCUGGCCCUGGGGAUGCUGGAGAAGUUCAAGCUCAUCCAUUCUUCAGACACAUUAAUUGGGAAGAACUUCUGGCACGGAAGGUGGAGCCCCCCUUUAAACCUCUGUUGCAAUCUGAAGAGGAUGUGAGUCAGUUUGACUCAAAGUUUACACGUCAGACACCUGUAGAUAGCCCCGAUGACUCAACUCUCAGUGAGAGUGCCAACCAGGUCUUCUUGGGUUUUACAUAUGUGGCUCCAUCUGUACUUGAAAGUGUGAAAGAAAAGUUUUCCUUUGAACCAAAAAUCCGAUCACCUCGAAGAUUUAUUGGCAGCCCACGGACGCCUGUCAGCCCAGUCAAAUUUUCUCCUGGGGAUUUCUGGGGAAGAGGUGCUUCAGCCAGCACGGCAAAUCCUCAGACGCCUGUGGAAUACCCGAUGGAAACAAGUGGAAUAGAACAGAUGGAUGUGACGACGAGCGGGGAAGCAUCAGCACCGCUUCCGAUACGACAGCCAAACUCCGGACCAUACAAAAAGCAAGCCUUUCCCAUGAUCUCCAAACGGCCAGAGCACCUACGCAUGAAUCUAUGACAAAGCAAUGCUUCCAAUGAAUUUGAGGCAAAAAAAAAAAAAGUGUGUUGGGGGGAAUGUGUGAGAGCCUCCUGCAAAGUGAACAAGACAACUGAAAACGACAGUCUGAGAGUCACUGUCAUUAUACAACAUUCUCAACAGAGGAGAAAUAUACAUACGAUUUUUUUUAAAAAAAAAUCAAUCAAUGGUGCAAAAAAAUAAAAACUUAAGAAAAAAAUAGUAUUGCAGAACUGUUAGGCACAUCAGAUAAUUGAUUCCUAGCGACAUCUUCUCAACCUUAUCAAGGAUUUUUCAUGUUGGCGACUGGAAACUGGCAGUAUUAAGGGUGGGAUGUCGCUUCUGCAUCACUGUUGAGUUCUGAUUGUGUGGACAAAGGGUUAUACUUUCAUUAGGCAAAAUACGAAAUUGCCUAGAAUACUUGCAACUAAGGACAAAUUAGCAUGCAAGCUUGGUCAAACUUUUUCCAGCAACAUGGAAUCAAAGACAAACUUAUCAAUUGAUGUUUUAUGUGUAAGCAACCUGAAUCUUUUUUUUUUAUAUAAAUAUAUAUUUUUCAAAUAGAUUUUUGAUUCAGCUCAUUAUGGAAAACAUCCCAAACUUUAAAAAUGCAAAAUUAUUGGUUGGUGUGGAGAAAGCCAGACAGCUUUUGUUUUCUUCUCUUGAUGAAAUAAUAAAAUGCAAAUGAAUCAUUGUUAACCACAGCUGUGGCUCGUUUAAGGGAUUGGGUGGACCCUGGGGUUCAUUUUCAGUAACCCAGCUGCAGUACCUGUAUGAAAUAUUAGAAAAAAAUGAUUCUAUUUUACCAUUUCUACUUGUACUGCUAUGUGCUCAGCUUAACUGGAAGCCUGGGAAUGGGCAUAAGUUGUAUGUCCUACAUUUCAUCCUUGUCCUGGGCCUGCAUUGCACUGGAAAUAAAAAUCACUAUCUGUACUUACACCAGUAUUUAGUUCAAGAUGCCAAAUUUCUUCAGCCCAUGGCUGAAGAAGGACAGAAGAGUCAGGAUAAAUUACAUACCAGGGGCCACGAAGUGAGGGAGUUAGGGAUUUCCAGGGGAAGAAAGUGUUGCCAUGGUCCACGCUCUAAUAUCUUUAUAACAGAAUGGUAAAGUUUUAUGUUUUACUUCUUUUUACUGUUUUUGCUUUCUACUGUCCUUUCUUUUUGUCCUUGACAGUUUUAAAAAGGAAAAAAAGGUCUUAAUUUUCUUUCUCCUAUGCUGGGGCUGUUUUUGAUUGUGAAAUAUUUAAUGGCCUUUUGAUGAAUGUCUUCCACAUUGAAUAAGAAAACUUGGUGGCUUAAUUUAAGAGACAUGUUAAUAGGACACCGUGUUUUGAAAUUGUAACAGAAUCCACAAGUGAUUUACAGGUACAAAGACUAAAAAUAAAGGUAACGUUACCUUUCUUAAAUAUUUCCUGCCUUAAAGAGAGCAUUACCAUGACUUUAGCUGGUGAAAGGGUUUACUAUCUGCAGAGCUUUAUAAAAAUGUAUUUCAUUGCAUACUGGUACAGUAGAUGGUCAUGCAGUUGAGCAUUAUCACCUCUUUUUUGUUUGUCUUUUUAUAAUGUCUUCAAAUAUGAGCGUGCAGAGUCAAUUUGUAAUAUUUUGCAACCCUGGGAUUUUUUUAAAUAGAUGCUGCUUGCUGUGUUUUCCAAACCUUUUUGAGCCAUAGGAUCCAAGCCAUAGAAUCCUUUAUGCAUGUCAUAUGUAGUCAAAAAAGAGUAAGAUGCUGCUUAUUUCAAUUGCAGUUCAAACAGUUGGGAUGAAAUCCUGACUGUAAGCCAAAAAAAAAAAAAGAUUUGAAAUAUACCUUUUCAAUUGUGGCAAUAAAUGAAAGAAUUGUUUCAUUUUGGGACAGAAAGCCUUUUUUUAAAUCUCCCUCUGGAUCCCCUUCUCCCUUCUUGGCAGCAGCCUACUGAGAACUUGGUAAUUGUAGUCGGUCAAUUAGAAACUUUAAGCACAUAAAUUGUACUUAAAGUCAACCUUUGUUCUCUGACAAGUUCUGAUAUUUGAAAAAAAACAGAACCCCCCCAAAAUCUCUGGUGAUAUGUACAGACAUCAUUUUAAACUAAAUGAUUGUGCAACUGGUACUUGUUUUCAAGUGUGUUUACUAACUGUAGUAUUGACUGCCUGAUCAGAUUCCAGUGAAACUUGACACCAAAAUAUUCCUCCUCAAUCUUAAUUACUAGUAGCAUAUGCACUGUGAUUGGCUGGCUUUAACCACCCCACAGGUAAAUUAGUACUGACAGCCAGAGUGGCAAAAUUCAGCAUUUGUUUUUAGUGGGAGAAGCAUUAACUGCACAACUACUAUCUACACAAACACAUAAUUUUUCUAACUUCACAUUUAUUAAGUAAAAUUACUUCUCCAUACCAUGGCAUGUUUAUUAAGAAAGUGGAUAUCCCUAGUAUGACUGUGAAAGCAUGUCAGGUGUCACGUUAGUGUCACAAAGCACGCACCUAUGCAAUAUGGCUUACCUUGUAUUUAUUUGUAAAAAUUCUCACCAUAUUUUAAAAUAGAUGAUGUCAAUAUUACUAGUCCCGAGGGCCUCCGUCAUUAAACCAGGUAAGUGUAUAA